AUGCAGUAUGGUUCUCCGUCAAAAUGGUUUGUAAUUACUGGACAAAUAGCUUGGCAACUUAGUGCAGGAUUUGUUUGCAUUAUCUACUUGGCGAUUAAUCGUACGAUUCGACGAGGCGUGCUUGAAGUGCUGGUACCACAACGAUGGAUUGGAAGGGUUAAUUCAAUGCUUGUGCCCACUGCUCUUGCAUCUGGAAACCACAGCCAAAGCGGGAUCAAAAUUUGA